AUGUUUUUUCCCUCAUUUCAGUUUUUUAAUUCAUCCCUUCUUUUCGUCGUAUUUCUUAUAUUUAUUUUCUUUGUUGUCCUUUUUACGUUUCUUUCGUUGUUUCUUUCCCUCAUUUCAGUUUUUAAAUUCACCCGUUCUUUUUCUUUUGUAUUUCUUAUAUUUCUUAAUUUUUCUAUUUCGUUUUCAAUUUUUGUUUUGCCUCAUGUACUUCUUUUGUUUUAUUUCAUUUCUGAUAUUUAUUUUCUUUUUUUUUCUUUUUACUUUUCUUACGUUUUUUCCUAUCCCUCAUUUCAGUUUUUAAAUUCACCCCUUCUUUUCGUCGUAUUUCUUAUAUUUAUUUUCCCUCAUGUACAUCUCUUGUUUUAUUUGAUUUCGUUUAUUCUUUUAAUCGUUUUUCUUUUAUUUCUUUUAUUCCAUUUUCCACUUUACACUCUUCUUCUUCUUCUUCUUCUUCUUCUUCUUCUUUUUCUAGUAUUUUCUUGUUGUCCAUCUUCUUCCCCAAAUCUCUCAUCUUCUGUUUCUUCUUCAUCAUCUACUUCUUCUCCUCUUCCGUCUUUUUUUUCUUCACCUAUAUUAAUGGGUCCUUCUUUUCUUGGUUUUGUUGAUCAUCUUCUUCCCCACAUCAUUUCUUCUUCUUUUCUUCUUCUUCUUCCUCAUCUUCCUCUUUCUUUUUCCACGCACGGCAGUGUUUUCUUCCUUGUUCUUCUUCAUCCCAACGUACCUUAUUGUUGGUGUUCUUCUUCUUCUUCUUCUUCUUCUAGUGGUAGUCUUUCUUUUUCUCCAUACUCUUCUUCUUCUUCAAGUACACCCCAUUGGUUCUUCUUCUUCUUCCUCUUCUUCUUCACUUAUGCUAAUACCUCCUCCUUUCUUGUUGUUCUUCUUCCCCAUAUCCCUUAUUGUUUGCUUCUUCUUCUUCUUCCUCUUCUUCUUCUUCUUCUUCUUCUUCUCUAUUUAGACGGACAUGACCUAUUUUUUUACCUUCUUCUCUGGGUUCUUCAUUUUUUUCUUGCUGCCAUGUUAUUCAUCAUUCUUCCCUCACUUUCUCCUUCACCUUCUUCUUCUUCUUCUUCUUCUUCUUCCCAAAUCAUUUUCAUUUCAACUUUGCAGCUUGACUUCAUCUUUAUCUAUCUAUCUAUCUAUCUAUCUAUCUAUCUAUCUGAGACUGUUCAUAACUAUCUAUCCAUCAAUUCGUCUAUCUAUUUAUUUAUCUAUCUCAGUCUUUGCAUAUCUAUCUAUCUAUCUAUCUAUCUAUCUAUCUAUCUCAGUCUGUUCAUAUCUAAAUAUUUAUCUAUCUCAGUCUGUUCAUAUCUAUCUAUCUAUCUAUCUCAGUCUGUUCAUAUCUAUCUAUCCAUCAAUUCGUCUAUCUAUUUAUCUAUGUCAGUCUUUUCAUAUCUAUCUAUCUAUCUCAAUCUGUUCAUAUCUAUCUAUUUAUCUAUCUCAGUCUGUUCAUUAUCUAUCUAUCUAUCUAUCUAUCUGUCUAUCUAUCUCAUUAGCGAGCUAUCUAUCACAGUCUAUUCACAUCUAUCUAUCUAUCUAUCUCAGUUAUUCAUAUUUGAAUCUAUCUAUCUAUCUAUUCUAUCUAUCUAUUAUCUAUCUAUCUAUCUAUCUAUUUUAUCUAUUAUCUCAUCAUAUAUGUUCAUAUAUUAUCUAUCUGUUUUUUAUCUAAUUUAUCUAUCUAUCUCAGUCUGUUCAUAUCUAUCUAUCUCAUUAUGUCGAGAUCUAUCUCCUUAUGUUCCUGCCCAUGACAAACCCCAAGUAUUUUUUUAA